UUUUUUUUUUUUAUUUACGUGUUUUCUGCUCUAACAUGUUGAGAUCUAUCCGUCACUCCUAAAGUGGUCUCCUUUCAUCAUCAUCAUCUUCAUCUUUCUUCUCAACAGAGGAACAAAGGAAUCGAAUUGAGAUCUGGGUCCGGCGAAAGAUCGAUCGGUGAAGGAGGAGAGUAUUAGUUGAGUAGAUUGUCGGAGGAAAUGGCGGUGGCUUUCCGAGGAGGCCGCGGCGGCGGCUCAUCCGCCGGCCUUCGCGGUUUGUUCUCGUACCGGAUCUUCGUCUCCGCCAUGUUCUCUCUUCUCUUCCUCGCGACGUUCUCUGUCGUCCUCAACUCGUCUCGUCAGCAUCAGGAUCCUACACUACCAAAUACGGGAAGCGCAUAUAUGCACAGGACGUUUUUGGCAUUGCAAUCGGACCCAUUGAAGACACGGGUGGAUCUGAUACACAAGCAAGCAACUGAUCACCUAACGCUGGUGAAUGCAUACGCGGCUUACGCCAGGAAGCUGAAGGUUGAUGCUUCGAAGCAGCUGAAGUUGUUCGAAGAUCUGGCUAUUAACUUCUCGGAUUUGCAGUCAAAACCUGGCCUCAAAUCUGUCCUCUCUGAAAAUGGUAACGCUGUCGAGGAGGAUACGUUACGACAGGUUGAGAAAGAAGUGAAGGACAAGGUUAAAACAGCGAGGAUGAUGAUUGCUGAGUCGAAGGAAAGCUAUGAUACCCAGCUAAAAAUCCAGAAGCUGAAAGACACAAUCUUUGCCGUCCAUGAACAGUUGACUAAGGCCAAGAAAAGUGGCACUGUUGCCAGCUUGAUUGCUGCAAAAUCUGUCCCUAAAAGUAUUCACUGUUUGGCCAUGAGGCUUGUAGAAGAGAGGAUUUCUCAUCCUGAGAAGUACAAGGAGGCUCCACCUGACCCGGCUGUGGAGGAUCCGAGCCUUUACCACUAUGCCAUUUUCUCCGACAAUGUGAUUGCUGUGUCGGUUGUGGUGAGAUCAGUGGUGAUGAAUGCGGAAGAGCCAUGGAAGCAUGUCUUUCACGUGGUGACCGAUCGGAUGAACCUCGCAGCCAUGAAUGUCUGGUUUAAUAUGCGUCCACUGGGCCGUGGUGCCCACAUCGAGAUCAAGAUGGUUGAGGAUUUUAAGUUCUUGAACUCUUCGUAUGUACCGGUUUUGAGGCAGCUCGAAUCUGCCAAGCUGCAGAAAUUCUACUUUGAGAACCAGGCUGAGAACUCGACCAUGGACGCCCAUAAUCUCAAGUUCAAGAACGCGAAACAUCUGUCGAUGUUGAACCAUCUCAGAUUCUAUUUGCCUGAGAUGUACCCAAAGCUCCGUAAGAUGUUGUUCUUGGAUGAUGAUGUUGUGGUGCAAAAGGACUUGACUGGUUUAUGGAAGAUUAACUUGGAUGGCAAAGUGAAUGGAGCUGUGGAGACAUGUUUUGGCUCUUUCCAUCGAUAUGCUCAAUACCUAAAUUUCAGCCAUCCUUUGAUCAAGGAGAGCUUCAACCCAAACUCAUGUGCUUGGGCUUUUGGAAUGAACAUAUUCGACCUCGAUGCUUGGAGGCGCGAAAAAUGCACCGAGCAGUACCACUACUGGCAGAACUUGCAGAAUGAGGACCAAUCACUCUGGAGAGUAGGAACUCUACCUCCGGGAUUGAUCACCUUCUACUCAAAGACGAAAUCACUGGACAAAGCAUGGCAUGUUAUGGGGCUCGGCUACAAUCCAAGCGUGGGAAUGGACGAGAUCAGAAACGCAGCAGUGAUCCAUUACAACGGGAACAUGAAACCAUGGCUUGACAUUGCUAUGAACCAGUACAAGUCUCUCUGGACCAAAUACGUCGAUGGCGAAAUGGAAUUUGUCCAGAUGUGCAAUUUUGGCCUCUAGAGACACACAAACAGAAACAAAACCUCCAAAAGAACAAGAGGAUCAGGUAACACGAAAAAGAACUGAAUCACAUUUUUUUUUUCCUUUUCACAUUUGGGCAUCCCAACUGAAAUUUUUGUCUAUAUGGUCUUAGUUUUGGUGCAUUCAUUUGUAACUCAAGAGCAAAAGGCUCGAGCUACCAAAUCACUGCCACUUCCUCCUUAGUUUAUGUGUAAGAAACCCUUUGUAUGUCAGAAGCUAUCUUCCUCUCCCACGACAUUUACUUUUGUCUUUAUGAGUUAAUACGAAGCUGUGGUUCAUGUU